AUGGCAUCAGGUUCCUGUUUGUCCGCUGCGGACAGAGGCAGUUCUAAGCGAGCUCCCUUAAUUUCAACCAAAGAGAAGAGGACUGUGGUGGAUGGGCAGCCCAACCCUUUAACACACAACAAACGAGCUGUGCCUCUAAAGAGGCUGGCCAGUGCAGAAGAUGAUCUGGUGUUGGGUGUGGAAGCUUCUUUGUAUGACAAAAACUUAAACCGUUUGACUGUACAAGAAUAUAUAAGAUCUCUAAAACCACAAUCAGGAAAUCCAUCUUUAUCAAGGUGGAACAGUGUGGUCUCAUCCUUUUCAGUUAGUACUGGAAUCAAAAGUGUAAUGGAUGUUUUGGAUCGCUGGCAGGAUGAUCCAGAAGAGGUUCUGUUAGACCUGGGCUUUGGUGUAGACGAACCUGAUAUUUCUAUCAAAAUACCUUCAAGGUUUAUAAACUGCCCAUCGAGUGCAGAAGGAAUUAAUAUCAGAGUCUUCCUUGAGGCACAGAAGAUGCGGAUGGAUACUGAGAACCCUGAUUACUGUAAUCGUUUCCGACAGCUGGAGGUCUUGCAUCAAGUGACCAGUGUCUUUUCAAACUUGUUCAAUAAUGUAAGCAUAAAUACGUCAGGUGUCACUGAACCUCCUGUGACAAUCCCAGAGGAAAAGAAAUCAUCCGAGCUGAAAGAAAAGAGAAAAAAGUUAGCCAUGCUUCUCCGACGAGCCUCCAAACAAGCCAUAAGCAUGGCACAGAGCAAGCAAGAACCACAGAAAUCAACACAAACAUCAGAGAAAGACAAUGGCUCCCCUAAUGCUGCAAGACCAGACGUAAAAAUAGCUUUUAGGCAGCCAAGUCAAUGUCUUCUUGAAAAUGGAUGCCUGUCACCCCUGGAAGAAGAGCAGAGUCCUGCAGCUGAGACACCUCCAGAUUUGCGUCUAGAGAAUGUUGCAGAGAAAGAGAAUCCUCAGACUGCUCCUUUAUCUGGAGUGACAGGGGGUGAACAUUCACCAGCCUUGGAAUGUUUACCAAGAGUCAGAACAUCCUUAGAGUCUCACCAUAAUGCUGCCAGUUCACUGAAAAGAAAACCUGGUGAUCGACAGGCUCCCGAUUCCUUUGAGAUGGAAGAGAUUCACAGCUUUGACGAGGGAAGUGUUUCAGGGAGCAUUUCAGGACCAGUUACUGAAGUCACUUUAGAAGAUUCUGUCAUAAGAAGAGCAAACAGCUGCCAAUCAGACAGUAGUGGAUUUCUGGAGGAACCAUCAGUGCCUUCUCUUUUACAGAAAGCUACAGCAAUGCCUCUGGCUCCAAAGACUCUUCAAAAACUGGAUACUAUCUGUGUGGACAGCCAGACUACUUUCAGGGGAAACAUGGAUCUCUCAACUUCAGAUCCAGAGCAAGAAUUAGACCAACAGAAAAAUGGUUUUACAGCAGAUGAUGAAAGUGGAAGAUCUUCAGAAUUGGAAUUACAGCAAGAGGAUGACUGUUCUUGUUCCCAUAAUGUACAAGUUUCCAUAGUUAAAGGAAUGAACACCUCUGUUAUCCAGGAAUACUUGGAGGUUCCAGGGCCAUUGCAGGGUACAUCACUAGAAGACAGUGGUAUAAACUUAAUUGAAAGUAACAAAGAGCACUUUAACAAAGAAGUGAUUGUACCAGAACCAAUGAAUGACAAUGGAAGCUUAAGCAUUGCUUUAGACGAUCAAGGUCUAAAUGUGCAGCUUGAAAUCAUUCCUAAUUUGGACACAAGUAAAAGUGUUAGACAUCAAGAUGGAGACAUGCAAAUACCACAUAUGCUACUGGAAAACACCCCAGGUUUGGAUUACAAAACAAACAUAUUACCUCUUCCAUUUGGUGAGAAGUCUCAAAACUCAAUUCAAGAGGUUGAGAUUCUCCCUGUUUUUUCUCAGACUGAAGGCCUACAAGAUUGUCCCAUUAAUAUUUUGGGGACCAAUAAAAGCCAAAGUGAAAGAUCUAAAACAGAUCUAGAGGUUAUUAACAGUCAUGCUCUUGAAUCUUCCCCAGACAAAAGUGCAUUUAAUAGCACCUUUCUUUCUAUUAGCCAACAAGCAGACUCAAAAAUGGAUCAAUGUGAAUUCACAGUGCCUUCUUAUAGACCCCAUAUGCUCAAAGAACUUUACCAAACACCAAACCCAAACAUUGUCUUAACCAGAUCUGUAUCUGUACAGAUGCCCUCAAACUUAAGGACCACUUUCCAAUACAGUGUGCCCAAAAGAGGCCAUUCUUUGGAAAUCAUGUCACAAGCACAUCAGCAAGCCAAAACAGAUGCCUACGCGAAAAGGUCAGGGUCUGCUAUUCCACUACUUCACUGUAUGGAUAACAGAAAUGUCUUUGGUCAGACUAUUCUCGAACAUGAGCAAGAUGCUUCCAAACCCUUACUUUCAUGUGAUAGUCAUGGCUACAGCUUCUUGUCCAAUUCUGUAUCAUUGGAUACUGGACUUGUAAAUGAUGAUGGUAACUCCGAUGAGAUGUUAAAUGAUCGUUCUUGUUGUCACCAUCACUGCUGCUGUUCUCCAAGUGGCUAUUCUUCACAUGGCUUUUACGCUCAGGCACCUGAUAAAGUUACAGUGGGUCACCUGCAUAAAACCCUGGAACUACUUCAAUGUGCAAUCAGGAAUGUAGCUGCUUUCCCAUACACAACUAAUGAAAUUGAAAUCAUCACAAAAUCCUUGAGGACAUUUCGUGAAAGGCUGAUAGAAAUCGAAGAAGAGCUUGAUGAUGAGCAGGCUUCAGUUUACAACAUCCUUUCUGAUUUAGAAAAAGAGGAAGUGAGGCAUAUAAAGGCUUUGCGGAAGGCUGUGAGGCAGGAAGUAAACGAGCUGGAGAAUCAACUUGCAGUCCUAGCAUGCCAUUAUGAUGAAGGAAUUCAAAUGGAAAUGCAUCGACUCUUGGAAGUGCAAUCCUAUCUUCUUGCAGAGCUGCAAGUGAAAAGUCUUGUAAACUCGGAAAGAACACCUGAUAUGAAAAUCAAGUCUCCUACCAGAAGUAUCUCCACACAAUGCCUGGCUUUACCUGAGUUAAAGGAGUCAUUCAGGACGUCCUUCAACAGUGACGCGCCGAAAUGAAAACCCUUUCUAAGAGAAGGCACACACAAAAGCUCUCCGGCAGGACUGGGGAAAAAGCCCACAGUCUGGGUUAACUGGAUAAUCACCAGGAAGCGGCACCCAGAGCCCAUCAAGCCGAACAACAGCAAGGAUCACCACAGUGCUGAAACUGGUGCUUCUGAUGAUCUGUAAACCCGCUUAGAAGCCAUUGUACCCAAGCCCCACCCAGAUGAUUUUGCAAUCAGUUUAGUUUUUAACCCUUUUUUACUGAUAUGACUCAGAAUGCUCUGAAUCUGAAUUCCCAAUUAAUGAAUUGCCUGUUGACAAAGACCCCCGUUGAGUACAUCAGUAAGGGAUAUGAACUAGCAGCUUUGGGUACCAACUGACCACUUUUAACAAAUAUUUGGAAAUUACAUUUAAUGAAGAGAUAUUAAAUUGUAUAAUUUGCUACACUGCCCUGUACAUUUAAUGGUAUGUUUUCAAUUGAUUUAAUUGUAUUACAGAUGCAAGAAGGCUUCUGAGUUUAUUUAUAUAAAAAGAAGGGACUUGGACCCACAAAUAACCUCAACCAAGCAUAGACAGUGCCAGAUGAAUGGCUUAGCUGGGUUUCAGUUGUGAUUCAUAGAAAUAUACAGUAAUAGACUGCACCUUGCUUUAAAUGAUUGUUUUAAUUUGUUAUUGUUUUUGGCGAGUGAAAAUCAAUGUGAAAAUUACCUGGUCUGGUCACACUUGGUCUUAACUGAAAAAGCUGCAAUCUGUGUGUGAAAAGAAAGAGACAAGUUUAUGUGUAUAAAAGUAUUUAUUUUUCAAUUUUGUUCACAGAAUUAUUUUGAACACCUUUUUGUUUUUAAAAUGCAUUAGUUUUUUUUUUUUUGUACACCUUACCAUGUGUCUAGUAAAGUACUAGUACAAUAAGUAAAGCCAAAUAAUUACUUCAACUCAGUUUCCUGUGGCCAUUGCUUCGGGAUAUGGCAACUGUGAUAUACAGGCCCAUUACAUAGUCAAAUGUAAUGAUUAACAAUAUUACUGCCUGGUUAGGGAUUUAAUAUGUUUUAGAUUUAAAAGGCUCAAGGUUGCAUUCCUCUGUUGCAAAUAGUGGUAUUUAAAAGACCAACCUGCAUUUAAUUUGCAGGAGGCUGUGUCGUCCAGUGGUUAAAGAAAAGGGCUUGUAACCAGGAGGUCCCCGGUUCAAAUCCCACCUCAGCCACUGACUCAUUGUGUGACCCUGAGCAAGUCACUUAACCUCCUUGUGCUCUGUCUUUCGGGUGAGACGUAGUUGUAAGUGACUCUGCAGCUGAUGCAUAGUUCACACACCCUAGUCUCUGUAAGUCGCCUUGGAUAAAGGCGUCUGCUAAAUAAUCAAAUAAUAAUAAUAAUUUGUUCAUAGAUACUGUAUAUGUGUACAGCCAAAAUUAAAAUGCAUUCCGAAUUGAAUGAGUAAUCAAAUUAUGUAAAAAGAUACUCAAAGCACAAUAUUGUAAUCAACAAUGUUUGAUCUCCUGAACAAUACAAAAAAAAAAAAAGCGAACCUCUUAGCCUUUUCAGGGUUUGAGAUCCAUCGCUAAGUAAAGAUGAUGCAGUGUACUAAACUAGACUGUACUAAACAAGCAAGUCUGUUGCCCAUUGAGAGCUAACAAUCUUGGGAUAAAAAAAAUAUCACUGGGGAUUCGACAUACAUUUAAAAAAUAGAAAAAAAGAAUAUACACCCCACUUUUCCUCUACACCAUUUUAAACUAUGUGGGGUUGGAUAAUUUAAGAGAGCCUCAGACUCCAUCCUGAUUACUUUUCUCAGUGUAUAAUACAAACAAUUGACCAAUAUCAAUUAAUUGUUUCUUACCCAUAACACUGCUCAGGGAAACAGCUAGAAAAAUGCUGGUGAAACAGGCUCGUUACCAUGGUAACAAGCACAAGAACACGUCAAACUUCCUGAAUGCAGACAAACUGAGGAUAUAGGGACCGAAGACCACAGUACAUAUAAUUUCAAGUUGAAUUUGAAAUGCAAUGCAUAUAAACCUUUUUUACGAAAGGUGCUAAAAUCUCAAGAACUUUGUUAGAGCUCAAAAGGGUUUGUUUGAGGCUGUUCAAAUUCCAGAUGAACGUGUUCACUCCAGAUGUAAUGGUUUGGUAUGGCUUCAGGUAUAAAAAAAAAAAUCACCUUGGAGGUUGUUUUUUUCUUUAAGAGUUUCAAUUCCCAUAGCACAAAAGGUAGUUCACUGUUGGAUUUAUGAAAAUGUGUGUGCAUGCAUAUGCAAAUGCUUCUAGGUCCCUUACACUUUUCAUAUUCACAUUGUGUUACAACAUACACACAGCUCCUGGCUUUCAAACCCUAUUCCACAAACCGAUUUGGGGGUCUUAAUGUACUGUAUUUUGUGAAAUCAUAUAACAGUACCCACACUGGAAGUGAAGCUUGGAUGUUUAUACAGUGAGAGAUUGGCUUACCUGUAGAAAAGACAGAUAUAUCAUACUGUAAAUUGUGUUGCAUAUUUUUAAUUCUUUAUAAUAUAUAAUUUAAUAUAUCUAUAUAUAUAUAUAUCUAUAUAUAUAUAUAGCAAAAAAAACACAUGCCAGAAAACAUAAAGCAAGCCUUUGCUUGCUUUGGAACACAAUAAAUGUGCCACGGUCAGCAUUUAAAAACAAAUAUAUAGAUUUACAUUUAUAUAUGUGUAAACAACUUCUUGCUUUCUGGUGUGAUUUAACUUGCAUUGAAACAACUUAAGUUUAAAUGAUGUUUAUACAGUUCAGGAUCCCUAGCAAACAAUUUGACCUAGAAUAGGCCUUCUUAGAGUAGUUCCAGCUUCCUGGCUCAUGUGGGCUCAUUAUUUAACACUGAAUUGUUAAUGAGGAACCAUACAAUAUUUGAAACACACAUUUACAUAGCACUUCAUGUUCUAUAGUUAAUCAAGACUUCCAAAUACUUGAACCACCCCAUAAUCCCAUGUGCAGGUGUGGUAGUGAUUGAUGUCCAAAUAAGGUUAUGGAUCUGUUAUUUUCCAUUCACAAGUGC